GCAGUAUCAGCUACUUCAUGCUCUAAUUGUGGUACGACUAAGACACCCUUAUGGCGUCGAGCACCCAACGGCGACACUAUCUGCAAUGCUUGUGGGUUGUACUAUAAGGCUCGUAAUCAGUUUCGACCGCCAACAUUAAAGCGCAACAGUGCGCGAAAAGACGAUCAAACACAGCAAAAUGACUGUGGAGGUGGCCCAGAGGUCGGAACGUGUCCCGGUGGCGGCCACUGUAACGGUAUGAAUCGCCAAACACUUAUUUGUGUGAAUUGUCGUACCCGCAAUACGCCAUUGUGGCGACGAGACGAAGCUGGUAAUACCAUUUGCAAUGCCUGCGGACUGUACUACAAAUUACAUAACAUGCAUCGGCCGGUGAGCAUGAAGCGAACAGUAAUCAAGCGACGAAAACGA